GAAGUGCCCACUGAGCAGGAGCUGGGGAGCAGGUUUGGUCCUGGGCAAGGUGAGGAAGGUCAAGGCAGACAGCGACGCCCAGAUGGCAGCCCGGCUGACCCCGCUGCUGACCCUUCUGCUGCUCUUUCUAGUGGUCCGGGCCGAAGUAAACCAUGGUAGCAGAGCAAAGGAACAAACAAAUACGGAUGGUAAAUCAUUGAUCCAGUCAAGUGGAAAGAAUGAAUCAGAGAUUGAUCUGGAUACCUCUAAAGGCUACAGCAAACCCCAGAAAAUGGCAAAUAUUAUAAAAACUGAAGAGGGGACUUUCAGGAGACCACCCAAGAAUUCAUUUGUGGACCAUCCUACAGAAUAUUCCACAGAGUCCACCACCCAACCAAGUACUCAACCUCCUACAGAGCCCCCCACUCAACCAACUUCCCAGCCAACAACUCAACCAACUUCCCAGCCAACAACUCAACCAACUUCCCAGCCAACAACUCAACCAACUUCCCAGCCAACAACUCAACCAACUUCCCAGCCAACAACUCAAGCUCCUCCUGAGCCUACAUGCCUGGAACCUGACAUUUCCUGCUCUGAGACUGAGACUCAAGAAGCACAGAACAUGUUGGGGGCUGCCUUGACAGACUUCUCCCUGAAGCUCUACCAUGCCUUCUCAUCCGUAAAGAAAGUGGAUUCCAAUAUGGUCUUUUCCCCAUUCAGCAUUGCCAGCCUCCUCACCCACAUCCUAUUAGGGGCUGGAAACACCACCAAGGGAAACCUGAAAGAUGUUCUCUCUUAUCCCAAUGAUUUCGACUGUGUCCACCAGGCCCUGAAGAAUCUUUCAUCCAGUGGCUUUGUCUCAGCCUCUCAGAUCUUCCACAGCCCUGGCUUGGCUCUAAAGGAGACCUUUGUGAAUGCCUCCCAGACCCUGUAUGGCAGCCAGCCUAUGGUUCUGAACAGUGACAAUGCAGCAAACUUGGCCCUGAUCAAUUCAUGGGUAGCCAACCAGACCAAUAACAAGAUCACCAACUUCCUGAAGAACCUGCCAUCAGACAUCAGUCUUGUCCUCCUCAAUACUAUCUACCUUCAAGCCAAAUGGAAGAUAAUGUUUGAUCCCAAAAAAUCUCUCCAGGAGUCGUUUUACCUAAAAUCCUCCAAGGUGAAGGUGCCCAUGAUGAAGAGUGAGAAGUAUCCUGUGACCCAUUUCACAGAUCCCAACUUGAAAGCCAGGGUUGGUCUUCUGCAGCUCUCCAAUGACCUGAGCUUGGUGAUCCUGUUGCCUCGGCACUUUGGCCUUCAGCUUGCUGAGGUAGAACUGAAACUCCACAACCCAGUCUUCAGUGCCAUCAUGGAGAAGCUAGGGAAAAUCAAGAGUUAUUCAACUCUGCUGUCUUUGCCUCGACUCAAGGUGAACACCAGCCAGGACCUGCUGGAGAUCUUGGAGAAGAUGGACUUCUUUCCCUAUGACCUCAACUUAUGCGGGCUGACCGAUGACCUCGACGUUCAGGUGUCCGGUGCCCAUCACCAGACCGUGCUGGAGCUGAAUGAAGCCGGAGUAGAGGCAUCGGCAGCCUCCAGCCUCUCCCUAGCACGCAGCAUGCCCAUCUUCGAGGUGAAUCAGCCUUUCAUCUUCCUGCUGUGGCACCAGAAAUACAAGUUCCCUAUCUUCAUGGGGCGCAUAUACGAUCCUAGGAUCUGAGCUUUGGGGGGCCACUGGCGGGACCCCCCAGCCUUCAUCGCCACCUUCCAAGGCUACAGAACUCCAGAGGCCAGUCCACACCACCACCUUUCUUUCCCUGCUUCCCAUCUUCAAGUAGUGGACGUGGGGGCCUGGGCACUGCCCAGCAACUCUUUCAAUCCUCGCCCACUCCUUCACCUUCCUUCCUACCUUUGAGGGCCCCAUCGAGCCCAGCUUUUACAAAUAAAUUCGGCCAGGCAAACA